CUCAUAAUACAAUAAUCAAUAUUAAAUUCUUUUUAUUCUAUGUAUAAUACACACACCAUAUUAUAUAACUUCCGCGCACAUGACAGCAUUCUAAGAAGUAGUGACAUAAACGUAAACAGGAGAUACACAUGUAUAAGUAGUGCAUCGAUCCGGGGACAUUUAAAUUAGGUUUUUUUUGGAAUUUGAGCGGUGUAUGUUACGAUCCAUAACCACACACAACUUCAUACACUUUAUUAGGCCACAAAGAUUAGAGUUCAAAGAUGGCACCAAUUACAUAGUUGGUGGAAACUCGACUGGUAAAUCGGCAAUUUUGGAACUGAUACGUAGAAGUUUGUCAAAUGAUAUCAAUACAACUUCAUCCUCGUUCAAUAUUGAUUCUAGCAUUGCAUAUUCAAUCUGUCAUUUCAAAAUCCCAGAUGAGAUCAAGCAACAGUUUCCUUGCAAUUCAACCGAUAUCCUCUCUGGUCUCUUUGUGGAGAAAGCAAAUAAAAGCGACAAAGGCCAACUUUCUUAUUACUAUUUCAAAGUUUUAGUAAUGGCGAAGGAGUUAAAUAGCUUAGAAAUAUUAAUAACUAGAUUUGAAGGGUUGAGUUCAUGUAAUGCAGACCAACUUCAUUCCCCAUUAUAUUUGUAUUAUUUUAACAAUGAUAAAAUAUUAGAGUCUAUAAAAGAUGUAAUGAGAGAAGACAACCAUGCUACCUACUAUGAAAGUAUCCAGUCUCUUUUUGAUGAGAUAAAGCAAAAUGCUAUCUCUGAUGAAAACAUUUGCAACCAAGAUAAAGUUGGCAAUUUAUUCAAGAGCCUGGAAGAUGGUUAUGUGAGCGUCCUACCAAUGCGUUCAAUUGGGCCUUUACAGUGGACUAGAAGUGAAAAGAAUUGUCACAGCGAGAGAGAGAAUAACUAUACAAUUGCAUGUCAAAGAGCAGAGAUUAUAAAUAAUCUCAUAGACAGCGAUAAAACUGACCCACAUCUUCUCAAUGAAUAUCACGAAUUGCUAGUUGCUCCAUAUAGCUUUCAAAAAGAGGGAAGCGACGUUUUUAUGCAUAACAACGACGGAGCAACCACAAUUAAAAAGCCCCUCUUAAAAACUCCCGAGGGCAUAAUAGAGGCUGAACAGCUUAUACUGCUGUUAUCUCAAAGCAACCUGUUCACAAUUACAUUAGAAGAGCCAGACAGAGGAAUGCACCCACAAAUGAUAACAAAAAUGCGAGACUGGGUUUUAAAGAAAGUGAAGAAUAAGACCAUUCUUGUUAUAUCCCACAAUCCGUCCAUUUUGGAUCAUGCAGUUCUUGACAGAACAUAUAUAUUCUCAAAAAGUAUCCAAAGAGGAUGCAUAUCUCACUCUGUCCUGAAAUUCCCUGAUAGAUAUAGAAAAUACGGACGAAUCGAAGAAAUGAAGAAUCUUUUAUUUUGUGAACGCGUUUUAUUUGUAGAAGGAUUUACCGAUAAGAGUUUAGAAAAUACAUAUCAACUAUUCAUGUCGCAGAUUUGGUAG